CGCACUCAGUUCUCCAUUGGAUGUUCGUGGAGACCUUGGCUUGCUGCUUCUCUGUCUGCCUGCUGCACCAGCAUCCCUUUCUUGUGCCUCUCUCUCCCAUGCGCCAUCCAGCCCUCCUCCAGCCUACGUCUCCCCCCUGCAGGGUUUGUUGGCCAGCUUGCUUCCCUGGCUGAUAGCGCUGCUGUAAGAGUGGUGAGGCUGUCUGACACUAACACCACGUCGCCACACUGCUUCUGCUCUACCUCACUGCCUUUUUUUCGCUCGCUGGAUCGCCACUGAGGCUGUUGACAGAGGACAGGAAGACAGAAAGAGAGAGGAGGAGGACAGUAUUCUCCAGCCUGGACACAACUCCUUGCGCUUCCUUCCUGGGACAGGAGGGGGGGAAGAGGGAGGGACCGAAAGCAGGACCGCCUUGCUCCCCGAGACCUUUAAGACAGACACAUUUUGUUUUUGCCUGUGACAGGGUCAGACGAGGACAAGGUUCAGGAUUGGGAGACAUACAAGGGCUUGGACAAGACAGGUGGUGCCAUGGCGUCAUUGGACAACACCGGCUGGAGUGUGCCAGGUCUGCUAGUUGCACUGCUGCUGGGUGUACUUCCCGUUAAUGGAUUGGAGGUGUCAACAGGAAAAGUGUCAUCAAUUGAAGCAAUGAAUGGCUCCACGGUGCUAUUACCGUGCACUUACUCCUCCUGCAUUGGCAUUAAAAACCUCUACUUCAACUGGCAAUUCAAUGACAACGGGACCAUGGUCAAGUUCUGCGACGGGGUGAUUCCUAGUGAGGGCGUGGAGCCGAGGGUGAAAGUGGAGCACGAGCGAGUAGAAUUUGUGGGCUCUUCAAAGACCAACAAUAUCUCGAUCCUGCUGUGGAACAUCACUUUCGAAGAUGACGGGGAGUACAUUUGCUUUGCCAAAAACCCAAAAGAGAAGGGCCGCAACCACAGUGCUAUCUUCACCCUCAAAGUGGUGAACCAAAUGAAAGAGGAUGACAACACUUUGACAGUGAUCAUUGUCUCCGUGUUGGGCGGAGUGAUUGGCUUGGUUAUCAUUGUAAUGGUGAUAAAGGCCUUGGUGGUUCACUUCCUGCUGAAGGAUGAUGAGAAGAAUAAAGAGUGCCUGGUUAACGCCUCAGGGAACGACAAUACAGAAAAUGGACUUACAGGAGCCAAAGCUGACAACAAAGGAACACCAAAGCUUUAAGAUGAAAACACAGGUGCCUGCUUUUGCUUCUGCUCCCUCUGUUGGAAGGAGGAUAAAAUCACAGAACAGCAACCCUAACCCUCAUCCCGAGACAAUCCCAAGACUCCCCAGCUCCCCACUGAGAGGAAUGAAGUUAAUCAUGCUGCUUCUGACUUGUAGUCUAUUCCUGUUUUUAGCAUGUGCCCAUUUUAUGAAAGCUCAUACAUUUACAUGGGGUCAACAACACAGAUGUGUAGGAACUAUUGUGUUAUUUUCUUGCAAAUAUCCACAUUAACCUCAGCACCUUGGAGAAUGUUAAGGAUGAUGGCUGAAAAUGUCAUUUUCUUUAAAGGCAUAUCAUAACGAUGUACCGGAAAGUAUGGAGGAGUAUCAGAGCCACACUGAAAAGACUGAAAAACUAAUUUAAAGAAUAACUUUGUCAUUUCAAUAAUACAUACAAUAUACCGGGGGUCACCAACGUGGUGCCCGCGGGCACCAGGUAGCCCCCCACGACCACAUGAGGUGCCCGCAAGCCUGCUUUUCAUUCAGGUUUUCAGUUAAUAAUGUGAGAACACUAGAAAGAAAAGUAUUCUGAAACAUAAAAUGUGAGUUGUGGAUACCAGCAUUCUGUGAAUGUUUUGCUAAAACAAGCAUAUUUGAUUUGUUUGGGUUGAAAUAAGGUAUGAAAAUCAUUUCUACAAAAAUGGGUAGCUCGUGGCCAUUUUCAUUUUCUAAAAGUAGCUCUCGCAAGAAAAAACGUUGGUGACCCCUGUACUAUACAGUAAUGGCACUUACAAUUUUAGGGGCAAAAGAGUCAUCAUAGUGUAAGAAAAAAAAUGUCAUUCUACAGUAAUAACAUCAGAAUGCUACAAGAAAAAGACGUCAUUUGACAAGGAAAAAAAUAAUAUCAGAUAAAAAAACAGCAUUCUACAACAACAUUGUAAUAUUCCAACAAAAAAGUGGAAUACCGUCGUCCCUCGUUUCAAAAGAUCCACAUUUGAGAUGUUAGCUCCUAUGUUCAGCAUUUUAUUCUAGACAAAAAGUAUAGUUUAGAACGUUACCUUGUAGCCGUGUCCCAAAAUAAGCAGAAAGGGAUACUGUAGAUAUAGCGCCAUUCUGCCAUUAACGGCUCCACCUUGUGCCCUCUAUGCAACUCUACCAGAGGUUACUUGAGAAGCUGGCACACAUGACCUGCCACACACCCUCACACAUAACUGGGAUAGCUGGGACAGCUGAGCGCAACACACACACACACACACACACACACACACAUAUUGAAGCACUCGCAGCAGAGAGUGGUGCAAACAAACAAUACAGCACUUUACCACUUAUCAGAGUGGCUGCACAAAUCAAUUAUACGUUUCAUUUAUUUUAGUAUUGGAAUCCUUCACUCUGGUCAGCCUGCUGCUUUCUUCCUUAUGUUGUGUACUGUAUAUUUCUUCUUGCUUUCGGUAUAAGCAAUAUUAGACAUUGUUAUGCAAUAACCUGUUAAAAGGCACCUUGUAGAUGUGUCCAAGGCACUAUCCAUUACACCAAUGUGUGUAUCCACACUGCGUGGGCUAAUACAUUAGAUUAGGUUUAUACAUUUACAUGGGACAUGUCUGUACUUGAUUCCGUACUGAUUUUCUGAUCUCCCGGCUACAGUACGUCAUGCAUACAUCAUGUAAUAUCCAACAGUGGCAGUUUCGAUACAACAUCGUGACUGCUACAACUUUCUCAUGUGACGUGGACGGCAUCUAUUGGUGAAAUUUGCAAGUCUAGACUUGCUUCACUAUUCAUAGAAACAGUUGAAGGACACUAAGUAUGAGGACACACCUGAUCCAUCAUUUGGUCAUGUCGUAAUUCAAUGCUUCCAACGUUGGUUCUCUCAUCCAGCAUCAUCUGACCUCCCAAAUGUUGAGUGAAUGGACAAAAAGAGAGGAAAUAUACAGAAUGUUAUUAUCAAUACAAAGGUGGACAAAGGGAUUCCAUAAUGGCAAGGUGUCCCAAUACUUUUGUAUCUAAAGUCUAUAUUGUAAUAUCCUGUCAUUACUUUGCCUGAACAAGUGUGCUGUGUUUUCAGGAUCAUUCGAAUCAUUUGCCUUAGUUGCUCAAAAUUGGGUAUUUCAACAACAAAAAUGUACAGUGUUCUCUCGUUUAUCACGGAGGAUAGGUUCCCAAAAUAGCCCGCAAUAAGUGAAAUCCGUAAAGUAGCCAACUUAAUUUUUUUACAAUUAUUAUACAAGUAUAUUUUUUAAGGCAGUAAAACCCCUCACCAUAAACUUUAUACACGUUACAGACAGGCAAUAACAUUUUCUCACAUUUCUCUCGUUUAUACACUCUUAAAAAAAAGUUCAAACCUCCGUUUGAAUUUUAAUGAUCCACCUACAGGUCGGACACAAGAAAUUAUUAAGUCACUCACGCGUAUGUUACCGUGCCUUUUUGUCCCGGUGCCGUUCCGUUGUAUUGUAGCGUUUUUGUAUCCUUGUUAAAACAUAUUGCCGCAGUCCUCCUCCUGUUGCAGUCCUCCUCCUUUGAACCGAAGAUUCAUUUACAAGCUAGCAAGCAAGCAAGCUAGCCAUGACCUCGGCAGGGUGGCACAAAGGAGGUUGAUUGACAAUGGUCUACCGCCAAUCAGGACGCAUAAAACAAUGGGCGGUGCAGACAGACGAGAGAGGGAAGAGAGAGAGAGGGAGACACUUAAAUUCCCACAAUACAAUUCUUCUUAAAGGGCCAGGUUCAGCCUGUGACAGCGUCCAUACCCUGAAAUAAUUUAAAAAAAAAAGAAGCACUAAAAAAAAUUCUGCGAAACAACGAAGGUGAACCGCGAUAAAGCGAGGGAACAUUGUACAAAUAAAUAAGUACCUCCGUUUUUGUUAUUAAGUAGCUCCAAAAGGUCCGCCGAAAAUCAAAACGUACAAAAACUGGGGCAAUUUUUCACAAAUAAUCCAAAUUAAACCAUUCCAGAGCUCAAAAUGUUUUUAACAAUACUUUUUAUGGAGAAUAAUUAUAGUUUUGCAUGCAGAAAACAGUGUGAAAUAAUUGUAGAUGGAAUUAUAUUUGAUGCAGACUACUCCCCAUACAUCCUGUUUCAAUAGUGUUUCUCAUCUUUUUUGAUCAAAUUGCUUGCACUCGCACUCGUAACUUUCUUUGGCCCCAUGGUGGGUUAUCUCGCAAUGGCACUCGAUAAAAAGAUGCAGUGAGUCUGCAAUACGUAGGGUAGCUUCACUUGGGCACGACGACACGAUACUGCUUUGACUAUACUAUUUUUACAGUCAUAGUAUCAUAGAAACUCUUCUUUCAAUGGCAUUUUUUCAUCGUGACAGAUAUUUCCUGGUGUAUGUUAUACCAGUGGUCCCCAACCUUUUUUGACCCACGGACCGGCUUGAGUUCCCACAAAUCUCCCGCGGACCGGGGGAGGGGGUUGUUCGUACAUUAUAGCGAUCUAAUUGGUCUUAUUUAUUAUUUAUCGUGUAAAACUAAGACAUGAAUAAUAAUAAAUUAAGAGCACAAAAUGAAUGCCGACCCACCAUCCACCAGUUCAAGUUUUUCCAGAGAGAUUAUUACAUUACAGUGUGCUAGCAUGAAUUAACUUGAGACAAAUGUGCACAUUAGCACUCAAUAAGUCAUCAAAACUUACCUUUAUGCAUUCCCACAUAGUAUCAGCAUUUGAGACCAAAUAUGAGGUGAAAGAAAAAUGGUUAAAAUACAAUAGCAGUCUAUCUGUGCGGCAUGAGAUAAAGUUAGCACACGCACAAUGGACAUGCGUCAAGUGAGACGGAUGUAACAGAGAGAAUCCGGCCACUUUUCAAAAUAAAACAUAAAAAAAGAAAUAAUGGAAAUUAUUUUUCUUUCUGUUCGGCCGGGUACCAAAUGACCCACAGCCCACUACCGGGCCGCGGCCCGGGGGUUGGGGACCACUGCGGUAGGUGAUAAAUGAACAUAAUCGCUUGUCCAAAAACGUCCAAUGUCACAUACAGUAUCUAAAAAAACAAAUCCUCAUUUUUUGUUGCAGGACAUGUCCUCAAGGUUACAAUGCCACAGAAUAGAAAACUUGGCUAUGCUUUAGAGCAGUCAGUGUACAGUUAGUGCGGCAGUAUGGAUUUGCUACCCAGUUCAAAUGUACCGACACACAGUAAUUAUUGUCAGAAUAGCUGGAAACACAGUACACUUUAGUGUACGGUACAUGGAUUUUUAGUGGUGCUGUAUGAUGAAGGCCAAUGUUUACAUCUGCCAAUUAACAACACCGAUGUCAUGUGUGAAAGUAAAGUUGAUGAGCCUCUGGAUGAGAUGCUGACACAAAACGUGAAUGUGGAAACAACACCAAGAACGAGUUGGUUAACUUUUAAGCAUAUUCCUUGACUCAUUCUGACGUGUCUGCCAACCCUCACGGUCACCUGUUUACACUCACUGCUGCAGUACUGCUCCUUACAGACGUUACAGUAUUCCGUGUACACUACUACUGCCACCAAGUGGUGAAAAUUAUUACUCAUGUAGUCAAAUGGACGUGAGAUGCGUUUUGUCUCAGCUCAGUUACAAAAUAAAAUGUGUACAUGUUAGUUUAAAAAAAACACUUAUAACACGCAUUUUUCAUAGUGCAACAGGUGAUUCCUGUUAUAUAUUUUAACAUCUGUGCUACAUUUAUACUCAAUUGUAAAGAUAUUAAAAGGAGGGACCACACAAACUUAUGGAUCAAAUGACUUCAAAUUGACAGCUAUGGUUAGAAUCCGUGCCAUACCAGAAUGAUAUUAAAGUUAGCAAAACUAUCAUGAAUGGGGAUUGACCACUAUGUUUUCUUAUAGUAAAUUUAAACUGCCACAGCAGCUGGAGCUCAUACUGCCAGUCCAGGAGUCUCAUGUCUGCCCACAUAAAAAAAUAUGAAAACAUAUAUUGUAUUGACAGCAUUUCUCGAGUAAAUUGUAACACUCUAGAGCAGGGGUGUCCAAAGUGCGGCCCGCGGCACAAUUUUAAAAACAGGAAAACAAAAACAUGUCGACAAAAAUUAGGAGAAUGAAGUUGUCAUGAUAGGAAUUAUAACGACAAUAGUGGUAAUCUUACGAGAAAAAAGUUCUUUUACGGGAAUAAAGUCGUAAUAUUAGGAGGAAAAAAAAUAGUUUGCAAGCAUAAAGUUGAAACAUUAAAAAAAAAAUGUUAUUCUUUCAAAAGUCGUAACGUCAGAAAAAAGUAAACAAUUUAAAGAUAUGACGAGAAAGUUAAAAUAUUUUGGGAUAAAGUCAUAAAAAGAUUCCCAAGAAUACAGCUGAAAUAUUUGUCAAAAAAAAAAAGUUUAUUGUGAGGAGAAAAAAUUCAUAUUACUAAUACGCUUUGUCGCCUAUAGAACAAAUCUUCAGAUGGAGGCGGCCUUUUCUUUGAAUAUAUUGAACUUCUUAGCAUAGCAAAUACAAAACAUAAAACAUCAACGUGGCCCUAACAUUCUUAGAUUUUUCAGUAUGCGGCCCUCGGUGGAAAAACUUUGGGCACCCCUGCUGUAGAAGCACGUCAUCGGUGGCCGCACUGCCGAGUCAAGAGUGUGACAUCUCCCACAUUCCGCUCAAAUCCAAAGAUCAAAUCACUGAUCAAUGCAGUUCAACAGGAAGCUUAACCCAUUAAAAAAAAAAGAGAAUGAGGGUAACAAAAAAAAAAAAAGGUAUUCAUUUAGCACAAACGCUUUCACUCUGGAGUGAAAGCUAAGCAAGACGACUCAUGUUAUCCAAAUGAUAGUCAUUUAUACACACAAUGUACAACGCCCAAGUGUUGCAGCAAUUGUCUGUAUUAUACGUAUACAAGUAUACUGUCUGUACACAUUAUCACCACCGCAAAAUGUUUCUCUGAAUGUCGAGCUGUUCGUCUCUCUGUAAUCACACUGCUGCCCAUGCUCACCUCAUGACUAUGCACCCAUAACUCCAUUUGUUAUGAAAUAGAAUUGAAAUGUAAAUAAAAGGAUUAUAAUUGCCAGACAUCUUUGGAGUGUCACUGCCUCUUUGUGAAUCUGUGGA